AUGAUUCACUAUUUGAUCCUCCUUAGUUGCCUGGGGGCAAUUUCUGGAAGCCCUCUGAGCCAGCCGGUUCACAAUGAUAUGCUAAUAGAGCGAGUAAUUGGCGGACACGAGGCCGCGCGAAACAGCUGGAAGUGGCAGGUGUCCCUCCAAAUAGCUGAUGCAUAUUAUCCUGAAUAUUUUUCUCAUAUCUGUGGUGGCACCCUUAUUAGUCCCCACUGGGUCAUGACUGCUGCCCACUGCAUCCAAAUGCCAUUACAAGCAAAUUACCAAGUGGCUCUGGGCGAGCACAAUCUCUUUGAAUUGGAUGGCACUGAAUAUUCUGUUGGUGUGGACAAAAUAUUUAUUCAUGAAGACUGGAAUCCCAGGGAUAUUGGGAAUGGAAUCCCCCCAGGAAUAGUUCAGAGAACAAACAGUUAUGGGCCUGUUUCUGCAAUGUAUCACGGUGAUUCAGGGGGCCCAUUGCAGUGUUACAGGGAUGGUCGCUGGCAAAUUCAUGGGAUUGUUAGUUAUGGGAUUGUCCCCUACUGCAACACCUAUCAGAAGCCUACAGUCUUCACACGGGUAUCUGCUUACAUCAACUGGAUCUACAAUACUAUGGAGAAUAAUGGUGGAUAUUAAGGAAGGAUCAGUUUGUACAUGAACGUGAACUACUGUUUGAAUGAAAAGAUAUGCCGGUUAAUUAAAUUUCUCUCUCUCUUAUGGUCACAUAAUA